CGUGAACUCAGCCUGGUCCACCAGUUGUCCAUCUUUCUGGAUGUCUGAAUCAAAGCCGCGUAUUUUUACGCUCGCCUCUAGGGCCUCGGAGCUUGCUCGAAUCCAAACGAAUAUCGUGCGGGAUGCAUUGGCGGCUCAAAAUCCUUCGACCACAUUCGAGACUUCUUUCAUGUCCACUGGGGGCGACAAGAACCAAUCGCAAGCACUGUACCUUCUUGGCGGCAAAGCUUUAUGGACCAAGGAGUUAGAAGUAGCACUUCGAGAGCGCGAAGUCGACAUGCUGGUACACAGCUUUAAGGACGUGCCGACCGAGCUUCCGGAGGGAUGCGAGAUUGCUGGGGUCAUGGAAAGAGAGAACCCGGUGGAUUGUUUGAUUGUGCGGAAGGACAAGGAGUGGAAGAGCCUGGAUGAUCUGCCGGAUGGCAGUGUGGUGGGUACGAGCAGUGUGCGAAGGGUUGCACAAUUGAAGCGUCGAUAUCCGAAGCUGGUCUUCAAGGACGUUCGCGGCAACCUAAACACCCGCAUGGCGAAACUCGACGCCCCCGACGGGCCGUACGCUGCUCUCAUUUUAGCCAAGGCCGGCAUGGUCCGCCUUGGCUGGGGCUCCCGCAUCACGGCCGACCUCGGUCCUCCUACCCUCUACCACGCUGUUUCCCAGGGCGCGCUCGCCAUCGAGAUCCGCAAGGACGACGCGGAGGCACGCGCUCUCUGUGCCGCGCUCACACAUUGGCCGGCGGACUGGUCAUGUCGUGCAGAACGUGCGUGUCUCCGCGUCCUCGAGGGCGGUUGCAGUGUGCCCGUGGGUGUGCAUACUGCGCUGAAGGCGGACGCGGGCGGGAAGAGUGGCGUUUUGGCCAUUACGGGUUGCGUCACGUCGUUGGACGGCGCGAAGCAUGUGCAGCAUACCAUUGAGCGGAGGGUGGAGAGCUUGGAGGAAGCAGAGGCAGUUGGCAAGGAAUUGGCUCGCGUUUUGAUAGACACAGGCGCGAAGGAGAUUCUGGAUGAGAUUAACAAGGAUCGAGAGAGGAAAAUCGCACAAAGUGCGGCGCAGGAAGGCAUUGCUCAGGCAGCGAACGCGUAAUUUAUUCUGGGCAUGAGUAUGAAACUGGUGUAGGAACAGCGUUACAAGUGAAUAGGUACUGCGAGAUACACGUAAUAAUACCAGUAUGAAUCCUCUCCUGGUAGAAUGUUCCUUGCAGCUUACGCUGCACGGCCUCGAAAAAACUUGCACCGUCAGCUAUUAGCAUCGCAAGAAGGCUCGUUCUGCGUC